UCCCCGCCUUCUGCCUCCGGGGCUCCGGCUGCAGCGUCAGCCUCGGUCCGGCCUCGGCAGCUGCAGCUCAUCACUCUCAUCCCCGGCGCCCCUUGGCGCCCAGCGGCCCGGGUCCGCAGCACCUCCUGCCCUCGCCGCCCGGGUGCCGGCCUAGGCCGCGGCCUCUGCUCCGGGAUCGUGUCGGCGCCGCCCGCUCCCGACCCGCCCCCUAUGGGCCCCGGCUAGAGGCGCCGCUGCCGCCGGCCCGCGGAGCCCCGAUGCUGGCCCGGAGGAAGCCGGUGCUGCCGGCGCUCACCAUCAACCCCGCCAUCGCCGAGGGCCCAUCCCCCACCAGCGAGGGCGCCUCCGAAGCAAACUUGGUGGACCUCCAGAAGAAGCUAGAAGAGCUAGAGCUUGACGAGCAGCAGAAGAAGCGGCUAGAAGCCUUUCUCACCCAGAAGGCCAAGGUUGGGGAGCUCAAGGAUGAUGACUUUGAAAGGAUCUCAGAGCUGGGAGCCGGGAACGGUGGUGUGGUCACCAAGGUCCAGCACAGACCUUCAGGCCUCAUCAUGGCAAGAAAGCUAAUUCACCUGGAGAUCAAACCGGCCAUCCGGAACCAGAUCAUCCGAGAGCUGCAGGUGCUGCACGAGUGUAACUCCCCAUACAUUGUGGGCUUCUAUGGGGCCUUCUACAGCGACGGCGAGAUCAGCAUUUGCAUGGAGCACAUGGACGGUGGCUCUCUGGACCAGGUGUUGAAAGAAGCCAAGAGAAUUCCAGAAGAGAUCCUGGGGAAGGUCAGCAUUGCGGUUCUGCGGGGCCUGGCAUAUCUCCGGGAAAAGCACCAGAUCAUGCACCGAGAUGUGAAACCGUCUAACAUCCUCGUCAACUCCAGAGGGGAGAUCAAGCUGUGCGAUUUUGGGGUGAGCGGGCAGCUCAUCGACUCCAUGGCCAACUCCUUCGUGGGAACUCGAUCCUACAUGUCUCCAGAGCGGUUGCAAGGCACUCACUACUCAGUGCAGUCAGACAUCUGGAGCAUGGGCCUGUCCCUGGUGGAGCUGUCCAUUGGAAGGUAUCCCAUCCCCCCGCCAGACGCCAAGGAACUGGAGGCCAUAUUUGGCCGGCCCAUGGUCGAUGGGGCAGAAGGAGAGCCUCACAGCAUCUCACCGCGGCCGAGACCCCCUGGACGCCCCAUCAGUGGUCACGGGGUGGAUAGCCGACCGGCUAUGGCUAUCUUCGAACUGCUGGAUUAUAUUGUGAAUGAGCCCCCUCCGAAGCUGCCUAGUGGCGUCUUCACCCAGGACUUCCAGGAAUUUGUGAAUAAAUGCCUCAUUAAGAACCCAGCCGAGCGAGCAGAUCUGAAGAUGCUCAUGAACCAUGGCUUCAUCAAACGGUCUGAGGUGGAAGAAGUGGAUUUUGCUGGCUGGUUGUGUAAAACGCUGCGUCUGAACCAGCCCAGCACGCCCACGCGUACUGCUGUGUGAUUCUGCUGGUGAUCUGGCCGAGUCGGUCCACCCGCCCUCCCGCCCAGGACAGACCAGCUCCUCCCCUCCUUUCCCGCGAGCCUCGGAGGAGACGACACACACAGCGGAACAUUCACUUCCUCUUCCACCUGUCGCAGCUUUGGGCCCCGUGGUCUCUGGGGAAGGGUGACGCUGCCCAUGUUGUCGUCUCGGAACCUGCUUACUUAGGUUUAAAAAAAAAAAAAAAAAAACAGGGAAAGAACAAGCAAACCGAGAUCCUUGUACUUGUUCUGUUUGUUCUUUGGGUGUCAGCCUCUGGUCCAACCCCAGGAGGAACAGUGUCCCUCAGCGGCAGCCCAGCCAGCUGGGCCACAGAGAAAUUGGGGUAGGGGUGGCAUCAGGAACUGGCUUUGCUCUUUUUUUCAAGGGACAAAGACUCAGGGAACCCCUAGGCAUUGGCAUCUUGCACUAAAACAGGAAAUGCUGCCUUGCAUUUCUGUGUGUCAUCCCCUUGCCUGGCACCUGCCCCUUUAAUGGUGGCCCUCAGCAGGCCCAAAUAGCAGUUGGCUGUUGGUUGUCAUGAGGUCCACUGCCCCUGGCCACUGCUGCCUCUUGUCAUGCAGCCUGGUACAGCCAGCCCUGCCUGUCCUCAGCAGAGUGUGACCUGCCCCAAAGGGGCCUGGUCCUCUCCUGUGCCUUAGGAGCAGACACUUCUGACUCUUCGUAGUAGCAGCUGAGCCAACACUCGACUCGGCAGAAAGGAAGUGUUGGGUUUCCAAGAGCUCAGUGCGGUUGAACCCCCCAGCAGAUUCAGCAGAUAAGGCCUGUGCUCCCCCUCACCUGCCUACGUGAGCGGGUGGCACUGUCAGUCACCUCUGCUCACCCAGUGAAUCAAAAGUGAUCACCCAGGGCACAUCCCUCUUUCGGGCCCUUGAACCGUUGUCCACAGCUGGUUGUGACUGAAACAGCGGGAGGGAGGUUGCCCUGGUCCCUGUGUACUUUGAGGUGGCCAGCCUUUCUGCCUCAGGGCUCAGACAGAGACCAGAAGGCCACCUCUGGGCCUUCAGAAGUAUGAAACGGGGGAGGUCAGGGCUGCUUCUAAGGCUCCCCUUCUCCGCACUCUGGACAUGUUAAAGCUCUCAGCCACCCCUCUCAAUGCAUCCUGAUGGCUUGAAACAAGCUGAUAUUUAUCUGUGGCAAAUUGUAGGGAAGGGUUCUCGGAGGGACGUGGCCUGGUGCAAGCCAAGCUGGCCUUGCGUUUCUGGAGAAGGUGCAGCAGAAGGCAGGGGCAUGUGGCCCUGUGGGAACUGCUAGAUCCUUUUCUUAGGGAGACCCUUCUAGUCUCCCGUGUUCCUUUUUUUUUUUCGGUGGACACCAGAGAGAAGACAAAUUGGUGGCUCUUUCAACCAACUUUCCAGGUUUCUGCCACUUCAUAGUCUACCCCCUCCCCCAAAGUUUCACCUGAUUUAGAAAAGAACAAGAAGAUAACUAAAAGUUAUGAAGGUGUUGCUCUGUGAGUACCCCAGCUCCCUCUGGACCUUCCUCAGAGGGGAAGGGCCCCUCACUGGUGAACCACAGAUGGGCCACAUCUUUGGGCCUGUCCUGUAUAUCUCGGGUUCCCAUUAGCGUGGAACCAGCUGCCAUUUACAUGGAGUAAAAGACCACAUUGGUGGGGGUUGGAGGGAGCUGGGGGUGGAAUUUAGGGUUGGUAAGGGGAAUAGGAGGGUGACUUGAAAGUGGGUCCCUCCACAAGCAUUGAGAGGUCUAGGUGCCACCCCAAGGCCCUCAACUACACACAACAUCUGGGCCACUAUCUGCAUUCUCUACUAUACUGUUGUUUUUGCCAGGAUUCCUUGGCACAUCUGGAAAGGUGUAGAGAGAAACUAGCUCUUCCCACUCAGCAUCAUAACUUCUGGAAAGGGGGGAAUCACACCAGAGUUUGUCUGAACCACUGACAGCUGAGUUUCCAGGUGUCUCCCUCAGUAGCCAUUCCCAAAUUUGGUACCUGCUAAUUCAGUCACUGUGGUCCUCAUGGUCCAGGACUGGCUGCUCCUAACUGCCUGGCCAAUGUGACCGCAGACCUAGGGACCUGCUUCCUGUCCCAGCAAUGUAUUGCAAGGGGGCAGGCAUUUUAGUGAAACUCCAUGACUGCCCUUGGUUAGGGGGUCUCCUGAGGUAGGGAUUCAGGCAGAAGUUGUCAUCAGGCCUCGGCCCUGGUUCUUAGGAGAGACCGAGUGUUUUGUACAUGUGUCAAGAUUUCUUUGGCUGUUCUUUAAAAACCCUGGGACGGCCAAGUACGUGAGAUGAUAGCCACUGUGUUAAGGUG